AGCGCAUAUUUCGUUUGUUGCGUCACUUCACAUCAUAUUUGUGAUGCUAGUUAUUGUCCUGAAAGAAUAUGCCCAUUUUCCACUUAUCUCCAUAAAUCAGUGAAUAGAUAACAAUACAAGUAUGGCCUACCUUCCUCUCAUGUUAUAGCACAUAGAGGUCUUUUGAGUUCGAAAAACAGGAAGGGCUGGGAGUUCGCACGUUACUUGAUCUCUAGCUUCACAAUGGGAGUCCAUGGAUUAUGGGGAAUACUCUCAUCUGUCCAAGAAUACCGCCCCUUAUCCAAAAUUGGCUGCGAUUCUGUUGCUGUUGAUCUCAGUAUAUGGAUUUGUGGAGAUAAGUCAAUUGGACCCUUACCUGCACUACAUUUAAGUAUAAUAGUCCACUUUUGUUUUCCACAAGCAGGAAUUUGUUUUUCCGGUUAGUGGGUCUGUUACGUCAAAAUACCCUGCCUGUCGCAGUUUUGGAUGGUGUCGCUCCGUCACUAAAAUCGGAUGUUAUGGAACAAAGACAACAAAAAUGGACAGGGAAGAUCACAACUCAGAAAUGUACGAAACCAAAUCGUAGUAGAAUACGGUUCUCAAAAAUAUCUCAAGAAUGCAUUCAACUACUUAAUUCAUUUGGCAUUCCAUGGGUCCAGAGUCCUGGAGAAGCGGAAGCUAUGUGUGCAUUCCUUAACUCAAGUAAACUAGUGGACGCUUGUAUCACAAAUGAUGGUGACGCUUUUCUGUAUGGUGCUGAGACAGUUUAUCGUCAUUUCUCUAUGGAUAGUCGAGACUCCAGUGUUUGUGUUUUUCACAUGCAUCGUAUACGCAACGUACUGAAUUUGACGAAAUGUGAUUUAGUUCUACUUGGCAUUUUGUUGGGUUGUGAUUAUUGGGCAAGUGGUGUCUCUCGUUUAGGUCCAGUUGGAGCUUUACGUUUGAUUGCAUCCUUGAAAUCUCCAAAUCUGCAUGUAGAUGAGCAUUUCCUCAUUAAAUUUUUGACUUGGUUAACAAGUACUUGUCCACAAAAUUGCGAAGAUUUCAAUCUCAAUCCAUUUGAUCUUCGUGUAUGUCCAAGUGUUAUAAAAAUGUGGCUGCGUGUUGGCGUAGAAUUAAAGAAUUGUCCGUACGAAGAAGUAAGUCACCAAAAAUAAGGAAUCUGACUAAUUAUGUCAUUGUUUAUUAGGCCGUGAUGGCAUUAGUCUGAGUCAUAUUAAAAUGCACAGACUUCUUGGUUAAAGUUGUUAAAAUAAUCUUAAUCUAUGGUAGAAAACCUCUAGUUCUUACUCUCGGGGUAGUCAGUGACUUGUCAUACGUCGAACAGGUCUUCAACAGUUCAUUCGAUAAGGAUUCACAACCUGAUAAAUGCAGUCCGUCACAACAACAAAUAAAUAAUGAAAGUUUCAAAUGGGUUCUGGGAAAUUAGGUUUCCAUUAUGUUUGUAUUUACUGUUUCUGACUAUGUUAUAUACCGAUAAGAAUAAUGAAUGGUAACUUUUGGGAUCCAUUUAUGGACCGAUACUAUGCGUAUAUUUUCAUUGUAUAAUUGUUAAAUAACUAAACUAUUCAUUUUCAUGUCCCUCUUAUUAUGAGCUCUAUUUUGACCUAUGAACUAUUAUUCUAUGAUUUACAAUUCUUGAAUUAUGCCCUGUCUACUAAUUACUACCUCCCACACUCGCAGCCACAUUUGGCUAAAUCUUGUACAAAUGUUGUUUCCUAUUUUAUGGUAUGAUGUGGUCUAUCUGGUUGGUAUAUAACACUAGUAUGUUUGAAAUAAAUGAUUCAUAUUGCAGAGGCUGAGAUUGAUGUUCUGGACUUAACUGGCAGGGCUAGGCGGGAAGCGGGACCGAUAAAGACUCUUUUGAGUCAUUAGUCCGGUCGAUAAUUCACUGUUCUCUAAUUGGAGGUCUCAUUAAGUUAUACAUUAACAGGGCACAGGCAACAAGUUAUAACAGACUAAAAGAUUCAUGUUCCCAAGGUGAACUGUACUAAAUAACUAAGCCAGUUAAACUUAAUGUAGAACCCGACAUAUCCGUUCAAGUUCCCGUACCCCAUUAGUAUAUCGAGAUGAAAUUGUUAGGGCGAAUCACAGAAUCACAGAGGUAGUAACAGUAUUAGUGGUAGUAGAAGCGACCAGGAAUAGAAGUUACUAUUGAAGAAAAUAUGAAUUAGUGAAAUAAAAGGGUUUUCGUAAAGAAUUUAGAAACGUAGAAUCUAAGGAGUGACGAAAAGUGUAUACACCUUCACCGUUUGUAACGAUUUUGAGCCAUUUCCUAUAAAGUUUCUAACUAGAAGUUUUAAUAAUCGUGCGGACUCUGACCAGGUAGUCUAUUUCUGCCCAGAACGCUAAAUAGUUGUGGAUGUUUUUCGUUUGUGUCUUUCAGAAACUAAGUUCUUAUCAUUAUUUGUGUUCAAAGUUCAAACACAACCAAUCCCGUAAACACCAAGUCUGUCAAUGAGAGUUAUUUAUUCCUGACAGUUGACCACUUGAACUACCGAUUCACUGGAUGAACUAACUCAAAAUAUGCCUGUACGUAAUCCUCUUUUUUCUCUCUUCAUUCCGUCAACAUUAAAUUCUUAAAACUAAAUUUCAGCUUCCAAUAUACACUCGUGUAUCUUGUUUUAUUUAUGAUUAGACCAGGCAAUAUAGAAUAAAGCCGAUCCAUGUUUAACUAUUUGAAAUAUAUAUUACAUCCAUCUGUCUAAUCAUUUGUUAAAGUAUGGAUAUUGAAAUUAAUGAGCGUCGUUAAAAACUAUAAAGCUAAAUAUAACGGCUCACUUAUCAUAGAGUAAUUUGAAGUAUGAAAUGGCGAAUUGAUGGGAGUGGAAUGUCGUCUUAGAAAGACGACGAUGACAGUCUUUACCACUAUUUUUAUGCGUUCUUUGUUUUAUCCAAUCACCGAGUCAACAAAUGUGGACACACUGACUACAGAAAUCCAUUUGGCUGUUUGAUACCUAUUGUUAGAUACCAGAUAUUCAAAUCGCGAUGAAUGAAAACCCAAUAUAUAAUUUUUUCUAACUAACAGGAUGACAUUUCAUCCACGCAUGUAUUUUUUUGGAAAUGUUUAAAUUCAUGUCUAGUUAUGAUUCAUUUACUGUCUGAACGAUGUACGUUGAUACGUUUACUCUUAGUGUCUUUGUUUUAUCCAUCAGUGAAUUCCAAGAAUACAUCCACUAAUUGAAACAAUUCAAAUUUAAUACAUGAACGUAUGUAAUACGUGAUCCUCGAAAAUCCUAUAAUGUUAACCAAAUAUUUUAUUGAAUACCCAGUUUUAUUUAUUUAUUUUUGUUCUAGAUAUUUGCAGAAUUCUUAACUAGUUUUGAAAAUCGUAAUUGGAUCUUACCCAAACAGGAAUCUGUUUGUCAGUGGAAACGACCAGAUCCAAGAAAAGCUGUAUCUUUUUGUCAAAUUCAUUUAAAUUGGGAUCCAGCCUAUACUCUUCAACAUUUUUUACCAGUUAUGGCAUUAUGGGAUUUAAGACAUCCUCAAAUUUAUAAUUCACCUUCAUAUAUCAAGUCGUUAAUUGAUUAUCAAAUUGAUGAUUCUGUUAUUUUGAAACCUUUAAGGAUAGUAAAGAAACGCAUAGUUAAUUAUGUAGACUCUUACGAAGUCGAGUGGGAAAGAUUGGGAUUCGACAAAUGGUCCGGACAAAAAAAUAUUCUGCAUCCCAAUGAUGAAAAUGUUCAGAAUAUGAAUACUUCUGAUAAUUGCAAUUAUUAUUUUUCUGUACCACAAGUAGAAUUUCGUAGAGCUCAUAGUGAAAUUUGUUCUGUGUUCGAAAAUUCCACGCGUCAAAUUCUAAUUGGGAAGAAAAAAACAAAGUCGAAGUUGUCUAAAAUUGACAAAAAUCAACUUAUGUUAGAUGAAGCAUUCAAGGGUUUAAGUAUAUCAACUAAAAAAGGAAAUAAGAGUGAGUCAGAAAAAGACAAAAGUCCUAAUAUUUUGACUUCGCUUACUAAUCUCAUUAAGCAUCCAGUGUGGGAGUCAGACAAUUCAAGCAUUGAUGAAAAUGAAUAUGUUGAUUACAAUAAUGAUGUAAACAGAAAUCACAAGCAUAUGUUGCCUGAAUCCAUCAUUUCCGAAAUGAAUAUUGGUUAUAGUAGUGAUAUUGAAGCGUACAAUCACACUGGUCGCGAAUCGCCAUCACCGUCUCUCUCCGCUGUAUGCACAUUUUCAUCUCCAUUGAGUAGUGAAUUGAAAUCUACAUUUUCUAACUUGACCAAACGCUCAUCUUCAUUGUCUAAUUUAUUUAAUAACCCACGUUUACAAUUGCAAACUUCUCUUCUAUCCAAUUCUUUUGUAUCUGAAAGGAAAAUCUCACAUUCCAAUCUUUUGUCACCAUCAAUCUUCUCUAGUUGUUCUUCUUCUUGUUCAACUGACAAAGAAGAUGAUAUAAUUACUGGUCAUAGUGUUUCACGAAUAAUUGAAAAAUUCCGUACACCUAAAACAUUAAAAGAUCGGUUAGGUGUUGUAAAUUAUUUUUAAUGAAUGAAUCGCUCUCACUAAACUAUUUUAUUGAAAUAGUAUUACUUUUUUUAUCCACCUUUUUGCCUUAUUCCAUGCUUGUCUUUAUAUGAAUUACUAUACAACCAGGAAAUUUUUUUAACUUUUUAAAUGCUUAUGAUUUUUUCUUCUCUCUAAAUAGCCUUUCUUGUAUUGUCGUCUUUAUUUUUUUUACCCUGUUGUAAAUACAAUUUAUUGUUUUUUAAAACCUGUUUCUAUGAGAUGUUUUCAAAAUUUAUUUAAAUGAAACAGAUUUUAUUUUCUGUAGAAAUAUGCUGUCAUGAAUGUUGAUGAAAGAAUGCGUCUGUGUUCCUAGUUAUUCGUAUUAUUUUAACUUCGGUGUAUUUUAAGGAAUAAAGCUACUAGUUAAUUACCAUAACACAUAAAUGACACCUUUCUUUGCUUAUCAGGAAAAGGUAUUCACUUACUCAUCAGAGCUUUGACAAAUUAAACGGUAAAAUUUUAAAGUUUGUAUGGUUCGAGAGUAUCCAUAUUUUCCGGUAUUAGUUUCUCAACUGCAUAACCAAACUUGUUUUAGAAUCCUCUGGUUACUUAAAAUUGUUUUGAGCUGGAGUAAUGUCUUUCCGGACAAGAGAAAUGUCAUUAAUAAACUGUUUUUUUGGACCACUUUCCUUUGUUUUUACUUGUUUAGUGUGAGAAAACGUGUGGGUUGUGGAUUUCGUUUCUUUUCAUCAAUGAACAUUACGCUAAAUACCAACUCAGUGGUAUUAAAACCUGACUGAAUUCGUCUUAUUUCCUUUGAUUGACGACAAAACGAUUUACCAUCGCACCAGAUAGUUCAUGUACGAGGACCUAGCGUCUUUAGAUCGUUUAGACAUAUCGACGAUAAACUCAAAUCAAUAAAACACAAUACCACUAUUUUAUUUUAACAAAGAUCCCAUAGUACUCACUAUAGGUUACUAUUUUGCCUUGACUAUAAACGUUAUAGAUAUAUAACUAUUCUUCAACAAUGGUUUCAUGUCCGUUUAUAUUCUACACAUAGAUAAUGACUUCUGCAACUGGCAGUUAUUGGUUUCAGCGAAUUAUCACUUUGAAAAAGAAGUCACGUGGAUGUCAUUAUGUUACGGAUGAGAUUCGAAAAGCUUUGCCAGAAAUUGGACAAAUACAAAUGGGUAUUUUACAUCUUUUUAUUCAGCAUACAUCAGCUACUCUAACAAUUAAUGAAAGUUGGGAUCCAUCUGUUACAACAGAUAUGGAAAUGGUUCUAAAUCAUCUUGUACCUGAGUCACUUAAAUACAAACAUAAUUGUGAAGGUGCUGAUGACAUGCCUGCACAUGCAAAACAAGCAUUACUUGGUGGACCCAGUAUUACCGUACCUAUUACAAAUGGUCAGUUAGCCUUGGGUACUUGGCAAGGAAUAUGGCUUUGUGAACAUCGGAACUCUGGUUCUUCGCGUCAAGUAGUGGCCACAAUACAAGGAUGCCUACGAUAGUACAAUUGAAGUGAAUACUUUUUUUCCGUCAAUUAUUUCUUGUCUCUGUUGUUCUAUUGCUUAAAUGGCUGCUCGAUUUCUUGGUUGUGAACUGUUUUGUACACAUAACAUUUGAAUUGCUUUUAAUGUAAUUCUUCGACGACUCAUAUAUUUAGGUUUAAUAUCUUUAAAAUUUCACAUUAUCAAUGUAAAACUUCAUUUCCAGCUACCCGAUCGUUUCUCAUGUUUGCUUUAAUCCUCCCGUCUCUAAACUUUUUUUCUUGUCACAUAUUUGUUGUUUUUUUAUAACACAAUAUUGUAUUAACGAGUGAUUUCUUCAGUUUGGUACUUUGUUCUGUUCCGGAAAUUAUGUAACAACUACCUAAAGCUUGAAAUACUUGAGUCUGAUCUCUAGUGGUGUUAGAGGUACACACUAUUGAGAAGUCCCAUGCUAGAACAAAACAGCUUUCUAAUUCUCUUGUUUUAAUGACUUCUGAGUUACAGUCAUUCCGUAUAAUAAAUUGUCUUUAUGUUUCGUUUUUCUGCACAUGCAUUUGUUUUUUAUUGUAGGUUUCGUUUGUUUUAACAUGCAUCAAUGAAUAACUAAAGAAAAUUUAUUAAAACCUCAAUUGAUUUAUUUUUUGAGUUCUGAAGAAAAACAAUCCAUACCCGACAUUUUUUAUAUUGUUUAGGUUUUCGUUUACCGUAUUACUUCAGUGACAUAAACUCCAUGUGUCCGUAGGUAUUGUCUCUUUAUGCUGUUUACGUAAAUUCAAAAUGUUUUGAUAUUUUAACAUUUCGCCGUACUAAAGAUACACAGUCCCGAUUGUAAAUGCUUUUGUAGUAAGAAGUAGCACAAUAUGCAUAUCAUAAGCGGAGAUGGUAGUGGUCAGCAAUGGAAUCCAGGGCGCGCGUUUCGUUCUAUUUAGGACUCGUUAUCUGGAUGUCCCGAAUAGGAUGAAACGCGCGUCAUGGAUUCCACUGCUAGCUACCAUCCACCUCCACCUAUAAUGCUUGUGACUUAAGGUAAUCCGCACGUAUGCUGAUAAGAGACUGAUCACUUUCAGUCCUAAACAUCAAUGGGAAGAUUCAAACAACCAAUACAAUAAUGAAUUAAUAUGCAAAUCAAUUCUAUCUGUUAAAACUGCCGAUCUUCCUGAAAGCAGGGUUGAUAUUGAAAUACUUAAAAUUUUAAGAUUUACAAAACAUAACUUUUAACCAUUAUUUCUGAAAUGUAGGUGUGAAGAAAGUUCAACAACCAACGGAAUACAUAGUAUAUUAUCAAUCAUUCCUCGUACACACAAACAAACUGAAAAUGUACAAUUGUCAACAAUUAUAGACAUUUUCAGUAAUUUAUAUAGCAGAAUCACUACACCCAUUCAGAAGUUAUCGACAAUUUCACUUUAGAGCAUGUGAUGGCUGUAUAUGCAUAUUACAGUAUUGCAGUAACACUCAAAGUGUUCAUGAGACUAUGACUAUGUAUUGAACUUAAAACUUUUUAUAAUUUAAGAAACAGAAACUGUGAUAUAGUUUGAGCUGAAAAUGAAUACGAAUCAACACAGUGAAAAAACAAGCACACUAAGCAAGUGCAAAUUAACUCGUUCAUUCAAAACAAAAAACUUCUCUAACAAAGAUACCCGUAUAUUUGCAGAUUCAUAUGUAUUGUUAUGGGUUAACGAAAUUGAUACUUAUGAAGGAUUACUCUAAAUUAAUACAAAAUGACAUCAAACUAAAUUGAUGCAAUCAAAAUGUUAAGCUGAAUUUAUUUAAAUUAUGUUACAUAUGAUACAAACUGAAAAUUUAUAUAAAUGAUGCACUAUACUAAAGAAACUAGCACACUAAAUAAGUUACGAGACCCCUACUACUAGUUCAUCAUACAAUACGAUGUCAGUCAGAUACUCCAAGUCAAGAUAGCUUUCAGGUAGAAUAUCAAUUCCUGGAAAGUCAGACGAACUGUUCCCUAAAAAAGGAUAUCUAUAAAAGAAAACUGAUGAGAUUAAUGGCCCAUGAAAAGUCCACUUGCUAUAUUAUUGCUCUAGAUCUAAGGAUUAUACUGAUCAUCUAACAGCUGUAAUGUGGGUAGGAUUCCAAAGAUUUAGAAUAGGUACCCUAUGAACACACUCAUAAGUGUUCCAUGUAACGUUCAGUGUAUGUAAUAAUUUAGGAUUGAUCUUAAAUAAGCUCAGUGAGCUUCACAAAGUAAUAUGGUGAGUCGUUUCGUCACCUUUUUAUUCGAUUGCAGUUCAUAUAGGUUAAAUAUUGAUACAAAUAUUUUAUUGAUCUCCAUAUAAAGAUGACUGAAUUGUUUAAAGAUUCCAAUCAGAUACUUGAACAACAAUGAAAAUCGUUUUUUUCUUUACUCCAAAUACUUCAAAAUGAAAAAGCAAUCAAUUUGAAAUUUCUCAUAUCAUACACAUAAGAUCAACAUGAUUCUAUUCAAUAAGGAUAAAUCGAUAAAGACACGGGAUAAUUAUUUAAACCUAUCAACCAAAUGAUCGUAACCAUAGUAUCUGUAAAUAGCUCAAGUAUAUUUAAUACGGGAGAAAAAAAAUCUUAAAUCACGUUACCAUUCAUUAUUUACAUUUCAAGUGCAUAUAGGUGAUUAUAAUUUGAAUUCAUCUAAUGAAAGUACCUGCCUCUUAUUUUUGGUUAUAUAAUCUGUGAUUUCAACUUCCGAAUUACAACAUCAAUAACCGAAAGUACUAACAAGUUGCAUCUAUUUCAGUGGGUAUUAUGAAGAUACUACAUUAUGUAGGUUAACUUAUAGAUGAUACUAUUUAACUGAAUUAAAUUUGUUAUCAAAGAUCGAUAUAUUGAUUUCAUAUAUCUGG